AUGCGUCAAGCAAUCGACAUCACGAAGAAGCAAGAGGCUAUCAAGUGGAUCGGCGAGCAGGGAGGUGGUGUUGCAAGCCGCGCGGCGCCACACUUUCGCAAGUUGGGCCUGAUUGACGAAUGGGAGCGCUCUGAUAACGUGGAGUACAUCGCACGUGGUACUCCGCGCCCACCGUCAGUAGAAACAGUGUGCAACUGGGUACGAACUGCCUGGCGAGAAACUUUGACGUCUGUCGUAUUGAACUCGAUCGAGGCCGCCGGGUUUCAUCAGAGCCCAUCGCGGUGGUCCAUAUGGAACCACGACGUGUAUGUGUGGUGA